AUGCGGUCCCUCAAGUCCAUCGUGAUCCUCAUCGUUGGCAAUCUGGGCGAGGACGCCUUCGUCACUGCCGACUGGUCGAAUCCUCAGAAACUUGCCACUGAAAUCAAGAGAGCUGGCAUGCGCCAAGUCGACCAUCUGUGCAAGCAGGUGACUCACCUCGUCGUCAGCCGACGCGCUUUCAAAGACAAAGCCCCGGAAGUCCGGAAGGUUCUCGCGAUGAGGCCGAGCAAGAGAAAGCCUGCAAUCGUUACCUGGGACUGGCUGGACGACGUGAUCGCAGACAAAAAGUACUAUGGGCACUACGAUGUGUACCACCCAGGCAAACCUCGCGACAUCAACGCAAUCAAUGCUAAGCGUUGUAAAAAGGUGAAGGUCACCAAAGAUGAGGCCUUUCCGGAAGGUGAGGAUGCUACUGCAUCGCAUCAGACUGAUCAACAGACUUCCCGCAAGGGCAGCCAGCAGAACCCGAAACCGUCAACCCCCGCGAAGAAGGAGGAGACGACGACAGCAGUGCACCUGGCGGCUAAGUCGGUCAGUGGAGGGAGCUUCAAAAAGACGACCGAGGUACCUCAAAUCCAGGAAACAACCGAGAAGAGCAUUGACAAGCACAUUGACCAGUUUAAGUCUGCUCCUGAGGAGAAGAAGAAUAAGAGGGAGGAGGAGGCUGGUGAAAAGAAAGCCGUCUCAUCUGGAAAGACCAGCCCCCAGAAGCACACCAGUGUGGGACUAGGCCCGCACGUCUUGGAUAGAAAGACGCCAAGUGAGCGCGAAGCCAGUCUGGCCCCUGUCAAGAAAGUCCUCGAUGUCGAGGACUUCGAGAGUCUUCAAGCUUGGGUGGUCGCAGCAGCUCUACGGCCUUUCAAAGAUGACAAGGACCAGUUCCAGUACUGUAUCGAGCUCAAGAACGGUGACUCGAGAUGGAUGCUGAAGCUUGAGACGUCUACUUCCCACUCUGUCAAGAAGAUGUAUCGAGUUUGGGCAGGUCUAUAUGAUACGUCUCCUCGCGCCAGGUGCCAGCAGACGAGGGGUCCAACGCGGGACUUUCAAGAGGCGAUGGACCACUUCAAAACCUUCUUUCAACGAAAGAGUGGAUACAGAUGGGACGAACGUCUAUUGAGGGCAGGCAAGGACCAGCCAGAGUGGCAUUACCAGGCCCCGGCUGAAGGAAAACCCACGGGCACUGUUCCUCCCGAGUAUACACCUGGCCAUCCAAAGUGUGUCAAGGUUGAGAAACUGGCACCCCUCAACUUGCACGGUUUGAUAUGCCGGACGAAAGAGGAUGCAGCCAAUAAUCCACAGCACCCGAUGGAGGCUAAGAAGGACGAUACAUCCAGCGUGCUGCAGAGAAAGCGUAAGGCAGAUGAUGAACUCCGCGCGGAGAGCUCAGUACCCAGCUUCAAAUGGAUGAAACACAGCCGUCACGACGAAUAA